UCGCUCCGGAGUCCGGAUCAUGCAGUGAGAAUAGACUGCCACUUUGCUUUCUGUGUCUGCGUUCCCCAAUUCCAAGGAAAGGGUCCUCCGCUCCACCUCCGUGUAGUCUUUGCUUGGUCUUUUCCUGGAGGCAGAGGGCGGCACGGACGGACUAAUUUCAAGAUUCUCUCCGCCGGAGACUGUUUUACCGUAUCAGUUACACACCUUGGUUUUGAUCAUCUUCAUCUUGAUCGGGGACUAGAGACCUCCAUGGCCUAUGCUACAACUGAUAACUCUAUUCAACCGAGAGAUGUUUGCGUUGUUGGAGUUGCCAGAACUCCAAUGGGUGGAUUUCUUGGCUCCCUUUCUUCUUUGUCUGCAACAAAGCUCGGCUCUAUAGCUGUUCAAUCUGCUCUAAAGAGGGCAAAUGUUGAUCCAUCUCUUGUACAAGAAGUCUUUUUUGGAAAUGUUCUUAGUGCAAAUUUAGGCCAAGCUCCAGCAAGACAGGCUGCAUUAGGGGCUGGGUUACCAUACUCGGUAAUUUGCACGACCAUUAACAAAGUGUGUGCUUCAGGAAUGAAAGCAACAAUGCUUGCAGCGGAGAGUAUACAAUCGGGUACAAAUGAUGUGGUGGUUGCUGGUGGCAUGGAAAGCAUGUCUAAUGCACCAAAAUAUUUGCCACAAGCAAGGUUGGGAUCUCGGAUUGGGCAUGACACCAUUGUUGAUGGCAUGCUUAAAGAUGGCCUGUGGGAUGUUUACAAUGAUUUCGGAAUGGGAGUAUGUGGAGAAUUGUGUGCUGACCAACACAAUAUUUCAAGAGAAGAGCAAGACUCUUAUGCUAUUCGAAGUUUUGAGCGUGGAAUUGCUGCACAAAAAAGUGGUGCUUUUACAUGGGAAAUAGCUCCAGUCAAAAUUUCUGGGGUAAAGGGGAAACAACCCCUCGUAAUUGAUAAAGAUGAAGGUUUAGGGAAGUUUGAUGCUUAUAAAUUGAGAAAGCUUCGACCAAGUUUUAAGCAGAAUGGAGGUACCGUUACUGCUGGGAAUGCUUCUAUCAUAAGCGAUGGGGCUGCUGCAUUAGUUCUAGUGAGUGGAGAGAAGGCACUUAAGCUUGGACUAAAAGUUAUUGCUAAGAUCAAAGGAUAUGCUGAUGCAGCACAGGCACCUGAGCUAUUUACAACUGCUCCAGCUCUUGCAAUACCUAAAGCAAUAUCAAGCUCUGGCUUGGAGCAAUCUCAAAUUGAUUAUUAUGAAAUCAACGAGGCAUUUUCUGUUGUGGCUCUUGUCAACCAGAAGCUGCUCAAUAUCGACCCGGAAAAACUUAAUGCACAUGGUGGAGCUGUGGCUUUGGGACAUCCAUUGGGCUGCAGUGGAGCUCGCAUCUUAAUUACAUUGCUGGGGGUUAUGAGAGAGAAAAUUGGCAAGUUUGGGGUUGCUUCAGUCUGCAAUGGGGGAGGAGGAGCAUCUGCCUUAGUUAUGGAGCUCAUGCCAGUUACAAGGGUGGUGCGCUCCUCGCUUUAAAACUCAGAUGUUGGUUGCAGAAGUGUCACUUUCACUGCCAGCUGAUGUAUGAUUACUCCUUGCUGAACCCUUUUUUUUUUUUUUUUCGCCUUACUAGUUUUUGUAAUUAAAUGGUGCAUCAAAUGGUACCAUCAAAUAGUGCGGAGUACAGUUGUCUAUGACUCUGUAUAAUUUGCCUCGUUGACAAGAGAGUGACUACUGAAGCAUGCUCAUAAUUAGGAAAAGAACUGCGACAGCACAUUGUCUGAAUCAAUUCCCAAUCAACCCUCCUAUUUCCCAAUA